CCUUCCCCUUCCCCUUCCCCUUCCUAUAGAUCCCGUCCCCUUUCCCAUUUCCGCACCACGCAGCCGGCCCAAGCCCAAAACCCUUCCCUUCCUCUCCUCCCUUCCCACGAUGGCCGCCGCCGCCGCCACCACGCCGCACUCUCUCCUCCUCCAGCGCGCGGCGAGCCCGGCCGCGCCGCCGAGGGCGACCGCCACCGCCACCUCCCUCCGUCUUCCGGCCCGCGCCGCCAGGAUCUCAUGCGCGGCGGUGGCGGCGCCGUCUCCAGCCGCCGCAGCCGCGGCGGACGAGGCGGAGCGCGGCGUCUACAACUUCGCGGCGGGGCCCGCGACGCUGCCGCUCUCCGUCCUCAAGCGGGCGCAGGCGGAGCUGGUGGACUACCACGGCUCCGGGAUGAGCAUCAUGGAGAUGAGCCACCGCGGGAAGGAGUUCGACGCCGCCAUCAAGAAGGCCGAGGCCGACCUGCGUGCGCUCCUCGCGGUGCCCGACACCCACGACGUGCUCUUCCUCCAGGGCGGAGCCACCACGCAGUUCGCCGCCGUCCCGCUCAACCUCUGCGCGGGGCCCUCCGACCCCGCUGACUUCGUCGUGUCCGGCUCCUGGAGCGACAAGGCCUUCAAGGAGGCCAAGAAGUUCUCCGCCGCCUCCGUCGCCUGGUCGGGCAAGGACGGCAAGUACACCGCGCUCCCGCCCUUCGACGCCAUCAAGCAGAAUCCCGAGGCCAGGUUCCUCCACAUCUGCUCCAACGAGACUAUCCACGGCGUCGAGUUCAAGGACUACCCGGAGCCCCGGAACAAGUCGGGCAUCCUCGUCGCCGACAUGUCCUCCAACUUCUGCUCCAAGCCCGUCGACGUCUCCCGCUUCGGCGUCAUCUACGCCGGCGCGCAGAAGAACGUCGGGCCCUCCGGCGUCACCAUCGCCAUCGUGCGCAAGGACCUCAUCGGCGCCGCGCAGCCCAUCACGCCCGUCAUGCUUGACUUCAAGACGCACGCCGACAACGCCUCUCUCUACAACACCCCGCCCUGCUUCGCCAUCUACAUCUGCGGCCUCGUCUUCGAGGACCUGCUCGCGCAGGGCGGCCUCGCCGAGGUCGAUAAAAAGAACACGCACAAGGCCGGCAUCCUCUACGACACCAUCGACGCCAGCGGCGGGUACUACAUCUGCCCUGUCGACAAAUCGGUGCGGUCGCACAUGAACGUGCCCUUCACCCUGGCGAAGGGGCCGGACUUUGAGAAGCAGUUCAUCGCAGAGGCAGCCAAGGAGGGCAUGGUGCAGCUCAAGGGGCACAGGUCAGUCGGUGGCGUCCGUGCUUCCAUCUACAAUGCCAUGCCACUCGCCGGCGUGGAGAAGCUUGUCGCCUUCAUGAAGGAUUUCCAAGCUAGGAACCCUUGAGUGGCUUGUGCUUGUGAUCAUUUGGUAUUGAUGCUCUUUAGCAGUAUGUUUCGUUCUUUCUUCACAGCAUAAGUGAGCUCUGUGCAGGAGCUGCUUUGCUUUGCGCAUCUGGGAUCUAUCUGUAGUAUUAUUAGUAAUAGCUACUGUAUUUUGCGAUGUACUUUUUCACUUUUAUUAGGUGUUCAUGGAAUUUCAUUUCUAUGGAUCACCACUGUAGUUGGAAUGUGUUUUGCUGGAAAUAAGGAAUAAGGUGGAUGGUCAAUUGCCUCGCCUCCAUCGAGAGCAGGUGGCCACGCUGCUAUAUCAUCCAGACUUGUCAUCAAUCUAAAACACUAAUCUGAAGGUUGCUUGGUUUUUGCCUCUCCAAACAAA